AAAAAGAUAAAUAAAUAACAAAAAAAAACAUUAACCGUUUAGGUCUCUCUCUCUCUCUCUCUCGCGCUUUUGCUCCGACGACGAUCGCUGAAAUUACCAUCGCCGGAUAUCCCGUUUAUCGCCGGAUUCUCUAGGUUGGGACUUUAGCCAUGAAUCCUGAAUAUGACUACCUGUUCAAGCUUUUGCUUAUCGGUGAUUCUGGUGUUGGAAAAUCUUGCUUGCUUCUAAGGUUUGCUGAUGAUUCUUACCUGGAUAGCUACAUCAGUACCAUUGGUGUUGACUUUAAAAUCCGCACAGUUGAACAAGACGGAAAGACAAUCAAACUCCAGAUUUGGGACACAGCAGGCCAAGAACGUUUCAGGACUAUCACCAGCAGUUACUACAGAGGAGCUCAUGGAAUCAUUGUCACCUAUGACGUCACCGACCAAGAGAGCUUCAACAACGUCAAACAGUGGCUGAAUGAAAUCGACCGUUACGCCAGUGAGAACGUGAACAAGCUACUGGUUGGGAACAAAAACGAUCUCACAUCACAGAAGGUUGUAUCCACUGAGACAGCUCAGGCUUUUGCAGAUGAACUGGGGAUCCCUUUCUUGGAAACAAGUGCUAAAAAUGCAACCAAUGUCGAAGAAGCUUUCAUGGCCAUGACUGCUGCUAUUAAGACCAGAAUGGCUAGCCAACCAGCUGGAGGUGCCAAGCCACCGACGGUCAAUAUUCGCGGACAGCCGGUGAACCAGCAAUCAGGCUGUUGCUCAUCUUGAUUCUAUUAGUCUCAAGAAGUCUCUUUGGAUCAUAACUCACCAUUAUAAUCAUUUGUUUGCAUUGCAUGUAAGACUUCUCCAAUUGACAACUUUCUUUUCCUUUCGUUUUAUAGCUUUUCUCUUCUUUUUAAUGAUGUAUUUCGAAGUUUGAAACCCAUAAAACUCUAUAGUAAAAGACCCUUUAUGCAAAUAAAGCAGACGAGCCUUUUCUGAA